AUCUCUCUUCAGACUCGGGGCUAUCGUAGAGUACGAUCGGAAACCCUAAUUUAUUUCGUUUUCGUAUCAAUCAAUCUUUAGAAGGGAUCUUCGUAGGAUGCCUCAGAGUUCAUCGACGGCAAAAAAGCUCGGUUCAGAUCAGCCGGACGUUAGUGGGCCCACCCCAAAAUCACAACGCUCCAAAAUGGUUAAAUCUUCAGAUGACACUGAGAAGAAGAGCUUGAACAAAAAACUCAAAGAUGCUGAAAUUAGUGUCCCGAUAGUAUAUGGUAGCAUAGCAUUCUGGCUCGGUAAGAAGGCGAGUGAAUACCAGUCUCAUAAAUGGACUGUUUAUGUGCGCGGUGCCACAAAUGAGGAUCUUGGCGUGGUCAUAAAACGUGCUGUCUUCCAAUUGCAUGCCAGUUUCAAUAACCCCACCAGGGUUGUGGAGUCUCCGCCUUUCGAAUUAUCGGAGUCUGGGUGGGGUGAAUUUGAAAUCGCCAUUACCCUUCAUUUCCACAGUGAUGUUUGUGAUAAGCCAUUGCUCCUAUUUCAUCAUUUAAAGUUGUAUCCAGAGGAUGAAUCUGGUCCCAUGUCCACUAAGAAGCCUGUUGUUAUAGAAUCGUAUGACGAGAUUUGUUUUAGCGAACCUUCAGAGGGUUUCUUUGCUCGCGUGCAGAACCAUCCGGCUGUUAUUGUGCCUAGAACACCUGCUGGUUUUAAUUUACCUCCUCCUGUUCCAAUUGAAGAUGCAGAUAAAAGGAAAAGAGGUGACACUAAAGAUAAUCCCUUAAACCAGUGGUUUACAAAUUUCUCAGAAGCAGAUGAGCUUUUAAAGCUUGCAGCAGCUCGUCAACAGUUUUAUUCGCAUGUGAUAGGUGCAAGCUCAUAUUGCUAGACUCAGAAGGCAGAUGAGUGUGAUUGAUGGGCAGCAUCAGCAGUUGAAACCUACUUCUGACAUGUAAAUGUACAUUAUCUGUCCAUAAUUUAUGAAAUUUUUCAUAUUAAAAAGAUUUUGCGGGAUUCAUGUGUGAUGGUAUAGAAUAUAAUGAUUCUGUUUAUUACUCCAUUCUGGAAUAAUGAACUAUGUAUUUAAUCCACUUUGGAGAGUUCUGUACCUUCUUCUUUUCACCUUGUCUUUGUUGUAAUUCUUCGCAGAAGUGUUUAUUGACAAUUUAUUUGUACCAAAAAAGUGGAAAAUGAAUGUAAAAUAUUUGAUUUAUCAUAGGCUAAAAUUUCAAA